AUGUCCGAAGCCAACGUAGGAGACCAGGCAGUUCCCAAUGGGAUGCCUGCACCGCCGUUCUUCUUGCCGUAUCCUGACCGGCCGGAGCUCAUUACGGAAAACCUCAUGAAGCUCGUGGAGCUGACCCCGGAUCCGCGCCACAGGUUCCUCAUCGGGAACCUCAUCAAACACUUGCACCAAUUCGUGAACGAGACGAGCCUUUCGACGGAUGAAUGGAUGACGGCUCUCCUGUUCCUCACACGCGUGGGCCAGACGUGCACGCCACUGCGACAGGAGUUUAUACUCCUGUCCGACACACUCGGUGUCUCCGCGCUCGUCGACGCGAUCAACAACCCGCCCGUGAGCGGCGGGACGGAGAGCAGCGUGCUCGGCCCGUUCUACACCGACGACGCGCCAGAUGUUCCUCUGGGCGAUUCGAUCGCGUCGGAAGGCAAGGGCGAUUACAUGUAUGUCGAGGGUCGCGUGCUCAGCACAGAUGGCACUCCUAUACCCGAUGCCCUCAUCGAAACUUGGGAAACCGAUGCCUUGGGCUUCUAUGAUACCCAAUACAAGGACCGCGAGAAGCCCGAUUGCCGCGGUCGUCUGCGCACAGACAAGGAGGGGCAUUAUGGAUACCGUGCAGUAGUUCCGGUUGCAUACCCCAUCCCCGGAGAUGGUCCCGUCGGAGAUAUGCUCCUUAAGCUUGGUCGGCACAACAUGCGUCCGAACCACCUACAUUUGAUUAUCGAGGCUCCGGGCUUCAACAAGCUCACGACGGCCCUCUAUCCGGUGGGCGAUGAGUGGAUGAGCAGCGACGCGGUCUUCGGCGUGAAGAAGUCGCUUGUAGUAACUCUGAAAGACGUAUACGACGACGCGGAGGCGCGCAAACGUGGAUUCCCUAAGGGCAACUCAUUCAAAUUGCUUCAGUUUGACAUCAUCUUGGUUCCCGAGGCGGAGAACCGGAUCGCUCGAGAACAAUUCGCACGCGAGCAGGCGACGAGGCUUGAGCAGCAAGGCUUCAAGCUGUCUUGA